AUGGCUGCCUAUACCAAGAUGGUGCAGAUUAUGCGCAAAGCAAAUCCCAAGAUGAAGAUCAUUGUCGACUUGGUCAUCCCUCUGUCUUUUUCGAACUCCGGCAUACAAGCUAUCAACAGCGCUAUUCCUGCCUGGGCGAAGGGUCUCAACUCCACAGACUCUCCUAUUGUUAUUGCUGACUGCACCACCGGCUUCCCAACAUCUGACCUGCGAGACGGGGUGCACCCCAACAUUGCUGGUGACAGGAUAAUUCAGUCCAGAAUUACCCCUCUUUUGUUAAACUACGUAAAUCAGUCAUUGGCAGGUGUAUAA